GAGUCAGUAGUAGAGGCUGUAUGGUUAGUGUCAGCUUGGGUGUUUGGACUGGGAAGUGGCAGUGCUGAAAUCAUAGGUCUGGUGUAUCCUGGCUGCAUGUGCUGCUAUUAUUCCAUUGAGGAUUUCAACAGGCUCCUAAAACCAAGCUGAAGUCAGCGGAGGACGCAGGACUGAGAUCCAUCCUAGUGCACAGAAGUUUUCCUCAUUCUGUACUUUGCAAUUGGUUCUUCUGUGGAUUAUAUGGAUAAAGAAUUGGACAUACAAAGGCCAAGGGCGUUGUCUUAAAAACAUUGGCUGUUUCGAAUAAAUGGCUCUAAGUAAAACAUAGUGGAGUUUGAAUGAGUGAAGGAAUUCUGUUAUUCCUGGCACGUGAACAAGCAGCAGGAACAACCUUCGAAGGCUUCACAGUAACAUGUGUAUUGCCGUUGGAUAGGAUGCUUAGGAUGUUCCCAAGGAAAUGCAAUACUGAGGCUAAGGACACGUAUUGAAAAGAAUACCUUCUCUAGACCACUUACAUCCUUCUACUGAAAAAUGCUGACUUUUCAUUCACUCGGAUUUGGACUGUUCAUAUGGUUACAAGGAUACCCAAUUUAUGUAUUGCCAACCAGGUCUCAGCAGAGAUGCCAGAUAAAACACCAGAGGGUACAGAAACCACUUCGCAGAAUGAAGACGAUUACCACUUGCCACUUGACUCUCUAACAUCGGUCAGAGAACUUCAAAGUCCCAGACCCGCAGUAGAUCUGCACAGAACAAGCAGACAUUUCCGUUAUUGUGGGAUCAAAAACAUGGAGCUCUCGGACAGUGAUAGACCUGUUAGCUUUGGUUCAACUUCCUCAUCUGCCUCUUCCCGGGAUAGUCACUGUUCAUUUGGAAGUCGGAUGACCUUAGCAUCCAAUAGCCACAUUGGUUUGUUUCACCAGGAUAAAGAAGCUGGAGCCAUAAAACUAGAACUUGUUCCUUCCCGUCAGCUGUCCAGUGAUGACCUUCAGACUUCUUACACCAGAGAACAGAGCCAUGGAAGUCCAAGGGACAAAUACUUAGAUGAAAGAAGGACUAUACCAUGGAAAGAAGCCAAAGGAUCGGUCAAAAACUGUUUAAAAGCUGAAGUUGUGGAGCCAACCAGUCCAAAGCUCAUGUAUGUUGAUAGAGUCGUCCUAGAAAUUCUCCAGACUGAAAGGACAUAUGUGCAAGACUUGAAAAGCAUUGUUGAGGAUUAUCUCAACUGCAUCUCUGACCAAACAAGACUCUCCUUAGGAGCAGAAGAUCGAUCAGCUCUGUUUGGAAAUAUACAAGAUAUCUACACUUUUAACAGUGAACUUCUCCAAGACCUAGAAAACUGUGACAAUGACCCGGUUGCAAUUGCAGAAUGUUUUGUUUCAAAGAGUGAAGAAUUCCACAUCUACACACAGUACUGCACAAAUUAUCCCAGGUCUGUGGCUGUGCUAACUGAAUGCAUGAGAAACAAGAUUAUUGCAAAAUUCUUCCGAGAAAGACAAGAAGUCCUACAACAUAGUCUUCCUCUAGGAUCCUACCUUCUGAAACCUGUUCAAAGGAUCCUUAAGUACCAUCUGCUGCUGCAUGAGAUAUCCAACCACCUGGAUAAGGAUACAGAGGGUUAUGAUGUUGUCCUUGAGGCCAUUGAUACAAUGCAGCGGGUUGCAUGGCACAUUAAUGACAUGAAAAGGAAACAUGAACAUGACAUCAGACUUCAGGAGAUCCAGAGCCUGCUGACUAACUGGAACGGACCAGACCUGACAAGCUAUGGAGAGCUAGUAUUGGAGGGCACAUUUCGUUUUCAGCGAGCCAAGAACGAGCGCACUUUGUUCCUGUUUGACAGGCUGCUCCUCAUCACAAAGAAAAGAGACGACUCUUACACAUACAAAGCCCAUAUCCUGUGCUGCAAUCUAAUGCUGGUAGAAGUGAUUCCCAAGGAGCCUCUCAGCUUUAGUGUCUUUCAUUACAAGAACCCAAAGCUCCAGCAUACAGUGCAGGCCAGAUCUCAGCAGGAUAAACGCCUGUGGAUUCUACACUUGAAGAGAUUAAUUCUAGAAAAUCACCCAGCAAAAAUACCAGCAAAGGCAAAGCAAGCAAUUUUGGAAAUGGACGCAAUACAUCAUCCAGGAUUUUCUUAUGCUGCAGAAGGGGAGAAAAAAAAUACACCAAAUGCGAAAGAAGAGCUUGCCUCAGGCAGAGUCCGGAGGAAGUCUGAACCAUCAUCCAAUGUACAUAAAGUCAUGAAAUCAAAUGACAUGAGCCCUGAAGUCCAAAAGCGUAUUAGCAUUCAGGGAAACUUACUCUGUCAAGCAGCUAAAUUAGGAUCAAGAGAUAUGCUUCGGAGCCCUGGCAUGAGGAAGGCGGUGCUCUCUCAUAGUUCAGAUGUAAGGACCUCACAGGACUUCUUCCAGCAUUCCUAUAACAGCGAAAAAUUGCAUCUCGGACCAGGAGAUCAGACUGAUGCUGAUGAUGAAGAGGAUUCUGAACAGCAUGGUUCUCAGCAUAAGAUUAAAGGAGGAAGGAAGAGAUUGAACAGCCAGGCCUCAGAGAAUGUGGAGAAACGCAGAAGUAUUAACCUCAGCUUAUGUGACAGUCAGAUUUCAAAAGACCAGUCAGAUGAAGAGUCAUCACAUCCACGCACAGAUCAGUACUUUUCAAGUUCUGCUGUUCGCCCCUUGGAUAGACAGGUGUCGCAAAAAAUUAUGAAUAUCCUUGGGAGUACUGCUGCUCUGCGGAAUAUAUGGACAGAUCACCAAAUCAGACAAGCUCUCUUUCCCUCUAGAAGAUCAUCUCAUGACAAUGAGGAUGACGAUGAUGAUUAUCAAAUGUUUAUGACGAAUGAAUGUUCUAAGCCAGAGUCAUCAAGGUCACAAGAAGAUAGAGGGGCAUCAAGUCGACCAUGUAGCUGGCACCUUGGGUUAGUGCAAGAAAGUGCAAAUAAUUCAUACUGCAAAAUUGUAAGGCGAGCUAGCAGUGUUGGUGAAAACAAAUCCCGCUCUUGCAAUCUGAGGAGCAGACAGAAUAACAGCAGUCAUCAGCUUUCUCAUUGUGAAAUUUUAAGUAAAUCUGAACAAAAGUUUUCUUCCCUUGGUUCCUCAGAGGAGUUGACUAUAGACGAUAUUGAACAUGUCUAUGAUAAUAUUAGUUAUGAUGAUCUCAAACAGAUGGGCCUCACAAGAAGAGAAGAAUCAAAUUACCUUCAGAAUAAUCGUAGUUGUAAUUCAAUCCAUCAAAGUAAGGUAAAUACUGAUGUUCGGACAGUAAAAGGGAAUGAAAAGGCUAAGAGCUCUUCAUUGCCAAACAGAGAUAAAGCAAUGUAUAGAAUGGGAACCCCAAAUUCUAGUUCUCAAGAGCUCAGAAUAAUAGAUGAAAAUAUUUAUGACUCCAUAUGCCUUCCAGAACAAUCAAUGGAGCAUAUAGCUAUGAAUUCACGUUGUAAAAGGAACAAUUUUUUGGGCCUAGAUGGAGAUUUUCAGUGUUUUGACCACCUAGAUAAUUUUGUUUCUGAAGAAAGCCUUCAAUUCAGUGAGGAUGAAUCCUCAGACCAUCGUGUGCCUUUAGGAGAUGACUAUAUUGAUGUGCUCAACAGUUCUUCCAACUCAAGUUUAGCUCCUCACAAAACAGCUGCUGACAAGUUGUCUGAAGAAGUAGACGAGAUCUGGAAUGACUUGGAAAACUACAUAAAAAAGAAUGAAGAAAAAAAGAGUGACAGAUCGUUGGCUUCCUUUCCUGUGAGUAAAGAUGAUAUCCGCGAAAAGAGACAUAUAGUGAGCAGGUCUCAUUACAGCAAAGAAUCACAGUUUUCAAUAUCAUCACUAUGUUUACCAGAUAAUGCACCUCUGCCAAGGACAGUGGUGAGCAACAGUCCAAGUGUCCGUAGCAGUCCAAGUGUCCGUAGCAGUCCAAGUGUCCGUAGCAGUCCAAGUGUCCGUAGCAGUCCAAGUGUAUGUAACAGUCCAAGUAUCCAUAGAGAUGACCCAAGUCCACCGACGUCCCCCAGCAGCUCAUUGCUAAGUUUGAAAAGGACAUCCGUUACUAGUGAAAUGACUUUUAUGGAAUCCCCUUUCUUUUCAUCCCAAAGUACUUUAUCUUACUCAGAUUCUAUUAAUGCUGCUCAGGGUUUGGACAGCAUUGAAAAAUCCAAAAAUAAGGUCUUCCUGAUGGCUCGACAAUACAGUCAGAAGAUUAAGAAAGCCAACCAGCUUUUAAAAAUAAAAAGCCCAGAACAAGAACAACAAUCUUGUAAAUCACAUAAAGUAAAAUCCAAAGACCUUGCCGCUAUAAUGGAAGAGAAGAAACAAGGAGGGAGCGCAAUAGGAGCAAGAAUUGCCGAAUAUUCUCAACUUUAUGACCAGAUUAUAUUCCGUGAAUCACCAGCAAGAUCAUCUAAGGAAGCUAAAACAAGUCCAAAAGACUCACCCGUACUUAGGUCGGGGCACAAGCACCAGCAAGCUCGCCAAGAUGCUCCAAGGAGUAAAACUUUGCCGCAAAGUAAUACAAGUUUGCAUUCUGUACACAUGAAUGGAGAUGUCGGAGAAUUUUUUACCUGGCCUGACUUAAAAGACUUUAAGGCAAAAUCGGAUACAUCCACAAAUGGGCUGAGAGGUCAGAAAAGUAAUAAAAGUUAUGCAUGCUCUGUUCCAUCCUUAGUCAAAUCUAGUCCAUCAAGCUUACAUAUAGAGAGAUGGAGUACAAUUAGUCAAGAGCAUGAUAAAGAUCCAAGUCAGGAAAAAGAUUUUAAUUCACUGGGAAGACGGGUAGUCUGUGAAAAAACUCAACCAUAUAUUCGCUCACAGUCCUCCUCCUCAAUGUUCAUCCACAGGACAAAAGAGCCAAUCAAACUGGCUAGAACCCCAACUUCACCACAUUCUGUGAGGGAUAUGAAGCCCGAGAGGUUGUCAGAUAUCUAUGACUUUGGUGGUAGUUUUACUGAGGAGAAAGGACAUUCAGAGGAGGACCCUGAUCUGACUUUACAAGACUCUCAGAAGAUCUUGGUGCUAAACAAGCUCUCUUCUCUAAAUGCUCAAAUUGCUACUCUUAACUACUUUGCAAACUUUAAAGACACUGAUGGAGUGGGUGAUGGAGAUGAUGACGAUGAUGACUAUGUGGAGAUCAAGUCAGAUAAUGAUGAGGAGGAUGGCCUGGAGGUUGCUUCCAACCAGCCAAUACAACACAAUAUGCAUAGCCAUUCUGAACUUGUUCAGAAUCCAUGUAGUUCCAGUACACCAUAUUCCUUUAGUAUGCCCAGUACCCCAGUAAAGUCUAUGAAUGACAGACAAACUCCUGAUGCUGAUAUAGCAGGUUAUGAUGAAGUUGGUAAACUAAAUGACUAUCUCUGGAGGCCACCUCCUUCCAACCAGCAGAAUAUUGUUCAGUCUCUUAGGGAAAAGUUUCAAUGUCUUAGCUCAAGUAGUUUUGCUUGAACAUAUUUUCUUAUUUUACAAAAAUGUUAAGAACUGUAGCUACUGUAUUACAGCAUAAUAAUGUCAUGCACUGUAUUACUACAGCACUGUUAAUGGUAGGUGUUUGUUGCAUUGUAUUGUUUACAUACAACACAAAGUUAUACAUAUCUUUAUUUUGUGCAUUCUCCACGGUAGAAUUCAUGUUUCUAACUAAGAAACUAGUACAGCAGCUGGUAAUAUGUAUACAUUUACAAGUAGGCAACUUGCAUAAGGAUUGCUAUAAAGCACAAUGCACACAAAGCAGAAAUUAAAUGGAAAAUAGUACUAGUUAGAAGACAAUGAUCUAUAGCUCUAUUACCCAACUUCAUAUGGCAAUUUUCUAUAUGUGCUCUAUACAUUUAGACUGAAUUAAAUCAACUGAAUACCGCAGAGGUUCCAGAAUUUUGAUGUACUGGAAUGGCGCAGGUCUGCCAGUAAAAAUGUUACACAUUCUAUCAUACUAGAUUAUUGGUCCAUAAUAACAUUUUCUGUCAUUUGUAUUAGAAGAUAAUGUCAGAAAGUUGUACUUUGGAAAAGGAGACUCUCUUGUUGUCCUGAUAUUAAGGGUAUUUGUACUUGUUUUCCACUAAGAGCACUGCAUGCAAAAUCACACCUUUAAUGAACCAACACGUAAAAGAGCAGCUUUGGUGGAUAUCAAUAAGAGGUAUCCGAAAUCUCUUUACCUAAAAGGGAAUCUGCCACAUAUAGGUCAUGCUCAGAGCUGCAGACAUGGACUGAUAGAAAGAUAAAACAAAUUAUACCUGUCUCUUAGCUGAUGGCUGUUUGUAAAGUUAUAAAACCAUGUUUCCUUCCACUCUCGAGUCAUAGAGACCAUGCUGAGCUGCAGCAUGCAUGUCUCCUCCCUUUUCCUCCUCUCCCUGCUUGACUUACAGUAGUAAGAGUUGUAUAUCAAUCAUGCAGAGAGGCUGGGGGGAGGAGCAGACAUGCAUGCUGCAGCUCAAUAGAGCCCCUACAACUUUUGUGCUUAGAAGAAAAAUAUGAUUUUAACAACUUUGCAAAUAACCAUUCACUAAAAGACAUAAGAUAAAACAAAUUAUACUUAUAUCUACCUCUAUCUGCCCAUGUUUGCAGCUCAGAGUUGACAGAUUCCCUUUUAAAAUGUGAUCUCUUUGUUUUAGGCAUCAGUAGAAGCCCCAGCUCCUAAAACCUCCUUACUAGGACCUUCUGGCUAACUUUUCCUAUAGUUUACCCAUUAGCAUAAUGCACCUUAAACUUUGUGUUGUAAAGUUACCAUUUGAUACUAUAAUAAUGAAUUUAAAUGCUUAUACAACUAUAUGUAGCUCCAAACAUUAUACAAUAUAUUACAGUAAUAUCAGCCAUAUUGUAUUGUGGCUUUCUGCAUUGCAGGGAUUAUUUCGUCCUAAAUGUAUCUUAGUUCUGCAUGAUUGUGCACUGUGAUAUAAGACGCAUACAUUCCAUACCUUUUGUCCGUGGUCAAUACAGUUUUAUUGCUAUUAUUUUGUAGAGUAACCUGUAAAUAUCUGAACACUGGCUGCACAGUGUGUAAUGUAAUGUUUUGCCUUGUUAACAGAGAAAUGAUGCAUAUAUUAUCCACACUUAUCCAGUUCAUGAAAUAAGUCGCCAUUUAUGUGUAUAUAUGGUCAUAUCAAGCCUUAAAUUAUUGUUUGUAUUUUUUAUAUUGUUAAAAACCAAGUGCUUUGUCAUCGGUGUUAGGAUGCUUAUACCAAUCUGGGAACAAACAACUGAGGGUAAACUAUAUGGCCUUUAUAUCUAUAUGCCUGGGCUUAUAAACCACAGAGGUGGCCUUUUUUUAAUCUAAAUAAAUUGCACAGAUUUAUCAAAACCUGUACAGAGGAUAAGUUGACCAGUUGCCCAUAGCAACCUAUCAGAUUGCUUCUUAAAUUUUUGAAAAGGUCUCUAAAAAAUUAAAGAAGCAAUCAGAUUGGUUGCAAUGGCCAACUGGUCAACUUAUCCCCUAUACAGGUUUUGAUAAAUCUAGCCAAUUGUUCUUGCUGCCUGCAUUCACCAUUAUAUACAGCAUGGAGGCUCACUGCAUAUUGUUGAGUCCAAUGUAUGCCAUAAGCUCCAGGAAGUCAGAAUGGUAUGCUCUAAAGUUUCUCAUCACUUUUAAUUGGUCGAAGUCUUAAUGUCUAAGUGCUCAAUUAAAACUUCUGACAUUUUUAAAGCCGUUUUCCAAUCUCAUUGUUAUCCCCUGUCCAUAGGUUAUGGGAUAACAAGCUAAUAAGUGGGGAGUCUGUCCUCUGGGACCCUCACAGAUCCCGGAAGAAGGGACAUAACUGAUCCCAGAAUAAAUGGUGCAGACCAUGCCUCCAUGUUCCCACAGAGAAUGCUCUUUAGGGCCACCGUACAUUUCAGUUUAGUGCUUAGUGGCACAUGAACAAAAAUUGGAGUCAGGGGCCAUGCAGGUUUGGUUCAGACCAUUCAUUUUGGGAACAAUUAUGUUAAAGUGACAGUGGUUAUUUAAAUCUAUGUAGGGAAUGUGAAGCUCUGUAUCAAAAAAAAAAUAAUUAAAGAUGUAUUAAGAAUUCGGCACAGAAUUUUGAACCUACAAAUAGUGGAUAUAUUUACUUUAAGAAUUAGCUUUAGAGGUUUCCUCUGCAAUAAUAACUGGUAUUUCUUGAAUGAAGUGAGUGCUUGAAUAUAAUGUAACUUUUUAUUAUCGCCCUCAUGACUAUUGCCAUUGGAAAUCAAUUCAGAAACAAACUGGAUAGAAUGUAUCAUAUAAAGCCAAACUGUUCUCUAUAAGCUAAUAAAGCCUUCACAUUGCAUAAUAAGAAAUAAAUCACAAACUAUUGGUAAUGUCGAAGCAAAGCAUUUGGUGGUCAACAAGAAAAAGAGACUAACACUACGAAAUAUGUCCCUUUAUGCUGUUACUGUAUUCACUGGCAGGUUGUCUAUAUGUUAAAGUACCAUAUUUCUCUAUUGAUUAUACUGCGUGAGUCAUGUUUGCUUUAGAUACAAUGUGAGUCAGCAAAUAAAAGCCCAUUGGACAUUUACAUUAACUAGAAAGAGCUUCAUGGACUGUCGGAAAGUUAUUGUAAAGGUCAAUGGCUUUUCAGGCAAUAGGGUUGAGCAUUAGUAGCAAUAUACAUACAUUUUGUGCACUUGUAUUAUAGUUAGCUGUAGAUUUUUCACUGUUAAACAAUAUGGACUAAUGUAGUCUUCCUGUACAUGGUAGAAGAUGGUUCUGAUUUGCAGUGGUGGGUCUCUAGAAUAAAUGUAGUGCCUGCACUAUUCUGUAUAGAAACCUAGGUCAAGAUCUGUAUAUACAUUUGCUUGUUUUGGCUUCAUGUUUGAAGUUGACCUGAAUUAACAUCUUGUCCUAUGGAUGAGCCUGUUUUUCAUUCUCUAUGUUGCACUUUUUAUGUUUUUGUAUAUGUUAUAAGAGAAACGUCUGUACAUUUAGAAAAUUUCAAAUCCAUUUGUUAAACCUUAAUUAAAAUGACUUGGAAGCAUGCUGUACCUGAAGUUAUAUGUGUAUUUUAUGAUGCUUAGUAAAAUAAUAAAACCAGUGUUUAA